AAUUACGACGCGAGUGGAAUGGACACCGUCAUAUCAAUAAUUUAAUAAAACUUUUGAUAUUUUACAAUGUUGUGUUUGAAAUUAAGUGCCUAAAUGUUUUGAGAAUAGUUUUAUAGUGUUAGUGCUUUAUAUUAAAUGCUUUAGAGAUGUCGAAGAACAAAAUAGCUGCUCGUGUUGACAGUCAAACUGUGGAAGUCAAAACUAAAUUUGAUGCAGAAUUCCGAAGAUUUUCGCUCAGUCGUACUGAGAAGCUCAAGUAUGAAGACUUCAAGGCGCUGAUAGAGAAACUGCACAGGCUUCAUGAUGUGGCCUUCCUCAUAUCUUAUACGGACCCUAGAGACGGAGACCUGUUGCCGAUCAAUAAUGAUGAUAACUUGGCCAGAGCGCUGCUCACCGCACGGCCGUUACUCAGGGUUAUUAUACAGAGGAAAGGAGACAGUUUGGAAGAACUAAACGGGUAUGGUACGAUGCGGCCUAGGAACAUAAUCUCCUCAAUACUGAGUGGAACGCCUGCUAAGAACAAGGGACUCGCUAUAUCGAACCCACAUGAUUUUAGAAUGGUAUCGGCAAUCAUAGAUGUAGAUAUAGUUCCAGAAACGUGCAGAAGGGUUAAACUGCUGAAGCACGGGUCGGAUCGACCGCUAGGAUUCUUCAUCAGGGACGGCACCUCAGUCCGGGUAACACCGAACGGCGUAGAACGUUCUCCGGGUAUCUUCAUAUCGCGUCUCGUGCCCGGAGGGUUGGCGGAGUCUACUGGACUCCUGGGUGUUAACGACGAGGUGUUAGAAGUUAACGGCAUUGAUGUGUCUAAUAAGACGCUAGAUCAGGUGACGGACAUGAUGGUGGCGAACUCGUCGAACCUGAUCAUCACGGUCCGCCCCGCCAACCAGCGAGCCGGGCCGCCGCCCGCAGAGACCGCCUCCAGGCACUCGCAGCCCAACAGCGAACCUGAUGAAGAUAGAUUCGACCAAGACGAACAAGAUGAAAUAGUGGACCUUACCGCAGUGACACUGGAAGAGUCAGAACCUCCCUUCCCCCUCACGUCCAAGGACGACGGACAAGUGUUGCACCUCUAGUACAUACUAGAGCGGUACCGCUGCGCUAGAGGACGUUAUACUUGAGUGAUAUGGUGCGAAUAGUGAGAAGGUGCUGGUUGGAUAGUGGUGUGCCGCUGUUAAAUAUCGAUAUGUCGAUAAAAGUGUUCUUGUUAAGUGAAGAUCGUGAUAGGACUCAAAAAUAAAAAGGUAACGCUUAUCAAAUAUCGAUAUAAUAUUUGAGAUUUAAAUGCUGAUUAUACUGCAACAAAUUAAUUAUAAAAAUUACAAACAGAAGUGCUUACUCUAAAUCGUAAAUUAAUAUUCAAUUUUAUCGAUUUGGCAUAGGAAAACAUCGAUUUAAGUAAAAGCCUUUAAAAUUCGAAUAAGAUCUAUUAUAGUACACCACAUCACACCAACCAACACGACAUAAAAGGCUCGAACAUUAGUACUUACAUAUAAACAUUCCAUUAUAUGCCUUAUAUAUUCUGCAAUAAGUGUCAAAAUAACUAAAUUAGGCGUCACAAUAGUUUAGGAAGUACCUAGUAGUGUAUAAAAAAUACAUAUCGCGAUUUAUUCUCAAGUAUUUAAAUGUCUUUUAUAUGCAAAAUAUACUUCUUACUUUUCUCGUCACAUAAAUUUGCUGCUCUGAAGUUCGAAAAUUACACCUCUACGCAUGCGCGGGUCAUUAGGCUAACUUCAGAUAUAUUUUUAUUCAUUUCCAUCAGAAAUGGGAUAAAUUCAUAUUUUUAUCCCAUGAUUUUAACCUGAAAAGUUAAAGUAGAUAUAUUUUGCAUAUGAAAACAUUAACUAGUAAAAAUACUUAAUUAUUGUGCCUAAAUAUAAUUAUGUCUAUAGUAUUUUUUACGUAUUCCAAAUCUUGAUAAAAAAAUAAAAUCAUUCCAUUUAGACUAAUUCUAAACUAAAUCUUUUGAAUAUAUUAUCAACUUCCUCGAUGUUAGCUCAAUUUUUCAUAUCAAAAGUUCUUCAAAACAUCAGAAAAUCAUUCACUCAUUCCUUCAGUUCACUCUUUAGAUAGUUUAUCAGUCUCAAUCAAUUCUACCUAAGUUAAUUUAUAACCAUCACAUUUCCCAAAAUAAUUAAUAUUUCUUCAACAAUUGCAAGUUGUCAGUAAAUAUAUUUUGAAUAAAAAGGUAAACAAUAAAAGUAGGCAUUAUAAAUCAUUUGUAAAAUUGUUACUUUAUCGACAAUAAAUAAAAUUAGUUGUAAAAUAUUGUAAGUGUCAAAAUCCAUCCAUUUUUGUUUCAUAGUGUUAAAGAUGACAUACAUUUACAAUUUCAAAAUUAUAUCUAUCAUCGUUUAGUUUAAAAAAGCUUGUUUUUUCUAUGAAUUAUGGUAUUAUUAUUCAAUAUAAUCAUGUAUUCCAUUUGUAUUAUUAAUAAUGCGAAAUUGUGUUAACAUAUUGCCCAGCUGUCAUUUGAACAUAGGCAGUCGUAUGGGUAGUCGGAAGCCAGAAAUUCUCACCUAGGGGUAUUGGUUGCCCGGGUAACUGGUUAGACUGGAAACCAACCUCAUCAUAGUUGGGAAAUGGCUCGGGAGAUGAUGAUGAUGAAUACAUUGAUUGGUCCGCAUACUUUAAUUCACAAUAAAAUAUAUGUCGUCUCUAACACAGUGUAGUAUGAAAUAUCUUAAUCAACUUAGAUAGUUUAUCUCACUUCCUAUGGAAGGUGCUAUAAAAUCAAAAAAAUCACGUUUACAUUGUUAUUCAAAAACGUUAGAUAUUAUAAAAUUGUCAAUUUUUUAUGAAUUAUUUUUAGAUUAGUUAGGUGGAGCCGGUAAUAGCAAUUCAUUUGUUUCACGUAGUUUCUAUAACCGCCGCCGUAUUAAUAAUGGCGCUAGUGGAUUCGAUCCAAUGAGGUUUUAAACUAAAAAGGUUUCCUAACAAUAGUGAAAAUUAAAGUUCUAGAGAUGUAAUCCUAAUCUUGGCGUAUGCUUAUGAAAUAAUUGAGAGCAUUUUAGAAUAUUUUUAUUAGCAGAGUUUUGCAAUAGGCUAUAUAAUGACCAAUCGCUAUAUUAUGUACUUAAUCGUAAAAUCAUAUACUUAAAUUAAUGCAUGCAUUCCACAAUUUUCAACUUACACUAUGAUUGUUAAAACAUUCCAUUUUUUAAAAGACAACGUGCCUUGAAUCUCUUGUAGCUUAAUUUUAAUUUAAAAUUGACAAGCAAGCUAUUAAAAACUCCUUUGAAAUUUACCAGCUUAAAAAAUCGUUCGCUUGAAAUUAACUGGGAUGUAACAAUAUUUUAUGAAGUUAAAGAAAAAUAAAUGCCUUUUGAAUGUUGUCAAGGUUCACCAAUAGCUUGAAAUUCGAUAAACAGUUCAUAAUGUAAUCAAAAACUUUUUGGACUUAUUGCUUUUUUGGUAGCAAACGGUAGUGUGGCAACACUAUGUGAUUCAGUAUACUUAAUAAAAAUAAGGCCUAAAAUCGUGCCUUGAGCGCAUUUUUAUAUCGCUUAUUUCAGUCUACAGUAAAUAAUAAUUAUAAAUGCUGGCUGUUUGAAUGUUUAUGUAUGUUUUCUUAAAUUCGAUUUUUGAAUGAAAUUAAUAAUGAGAUAAAUCGUUAAAUUAAAUGGUGUUGUGUUGAUGUCAUAGAUAUAGAAAAUGGAUUUAUUAACAUCAUGAAAUAUUAUUAGCUUUUUAGAAAGAGGUUAACCACCCUUUGACCAUUUCAAUUUGUCUAUAGGACAGUAAAGAAUACCAAAAUUUCUAGAAAAAAAAAAACAUAUCGAAAUUGAGAUCCUCCUCCUUUUUUGGGAAGUAGGUUGAAAAACGACAUUGUACGACCGUUUUCUCUUAAUAUAAAUGUAUUUUUAAUUCAUUUUCUAUGUCUAAGGCAAAACAAACACAAAUGAGCUUAUUAUGUUAGAAAAUGUUUUAGAUACAAAAUUUAAUUCAUAGUUUUUUUUUUAUAUGGGGUAAGUGCGUUAUAUGAAUGACGUUGAUAUGAAAUUAUGUCGAGCAAAGUUAUUGGUCCAUCGCUAUGAGACGUCUUGAUCAAAAAUCAUAUUAUAUUAAGUUGCAAAGACUUUUGUAAUUAAUCGAUAAAUAUGUGAACGCAGUUUCUAAUCAGUAUGAAGUUUAACUAAAAUAAUUUUAGGUUAUAUCCAAUAUUUAAUGUAUUAUUUAGAUAUAGAUUUUUUUUUAAUUAUUAAGUUUUCUUUUUCAUGAUUUGUAAAGCCUUUUUUUAUGUUUUUCAAUAUUUUGUCUGCCACUUACAUUGUUACAGGAAAGCGCUACUUAUUGUUUUUUUUUAUUGUCCUUAAAACAUUCCUUUAGAAUUUCUUUAUGAAAAUUUUGUCCAUUUCUUAUGAUUUUGCUUUGCAAAGGCCGAAUCUAAGUAUCCUUUGAUUUUUAAGUUUAAACUAUAAAUAAAUGGCAUUUUCAUUCCAUUAGUAUUUAAAAAAUGUAUUUAUGAACAGUAUUCUUUUAUCUAUUGACUUUUUUGUACAACCUGUGAUCACUGAAUCAGUUUAAAUGUACUUAAAAUACCGUAUAAAGUAUCAAGAUUUUUAUAAAAUUGAAGAUGACAACCUUUUUCCAAUAAUUUUGCUGAUUGGCUCAAAACUAUGUCCAAAAUGUUAUAGUCAAGCGAUUAUACAUAGUUGAUAUUUACACAUGUAAGCUAGUAUACUUGUGUUAUUAUAAAAUAUAUUAUAUUUAAUUUA